AUGAUCAUCAGGGUGCCGGAACUUCCGGGGAAUUUGGGAAGGCGAGACGUCGCCAGUCCCAUCUCAAAACCCCCAUCAGCUUCAGGCUCGCCGACUGUGGCGACGACAGAUGCAGCAGACACGAACACCGAAUCAUUCUCACAAGACUUCCGACCCUUGAUAGUCGUCAGCUCUAUCAUGGGAGCCGCCGUGCUCGUCAUGGCCUUCAUCACAGCCUGCAUCAUGAUCCGAAGGUCAAGAAAAAGACGAAGCCAAGCCACGGCAGAAUAUACGGCCGCGCGCCAGCGGGACCCAAACCUCUCCUGGCAGGAGUAUGAACGGCGGUGCAAGCUCAGCAACUCGACCAUGUUUCUUGAGGCCGAGUCCCAGCGCGCCCUCAUGAUCAGCAAGUCGCUCAAGAGCCGACCAUCCCUCGACCGACCCGAACUUACAGAGGAUGCCGUCGUCACCGACCCCGGCCUGCCCCCGAGCCCGCCAACUCCGACCAAGGCGUCGCUCUGGACUAGGGGGAGGCGACACGCCAGCGGACCCGAGGUAGCCGCCAUGAACGACUCCGACAUGGAAGACAAAGAGAUGCUGCUACCCAUGUCGCAGAAACCGCAGCUCAAGACCUCGCCCGAAAGGCCCGGCUCGAGCGGCAGCGGCAGCAGCCUCCGGAGCCCGGUCCACAGCUCCUCCAACUCGAGCCGCCGGUGGGUUUGGGAGCUACCGGACGGCAAAAAGUGCCCUCCGGCCUGGGCCAACAGCAACGCGAGGUGGAGCGGUGACCUCCGGGACGCGCCGCCGCCGGUGCCACCGCCGUCGAUAAGAGCCAGGACGCCGCCGAUCUGGGCUCACCCGGCAUUCCGGCCCGAGGGUUCCGGCAUGGGGAUAGUCGCUAAGAGCUUCACCAACGACACGGGAUUACUACCCGCCGAGAGACUAAAGGAGAAGCCAGCACAGACGCCCUAG